UCUCUAGCUCGGGGCCUGGCCAAUGGAGACGCAGGCUUGUUUGUGCAGCUUUCGGUGCGAAAAUAAAAGCAGGAAUCGGCGUUGAAAAGAUAAAUGUUAAUGCAAAGAAACGAAAGAUUGAGUCAAGUCUACAAUCUACAAUAUAUAGAUGUUAUUUGUUGUUUUGAGAAUAACAACAAUAGACUUUAAUACAAAGAGUCCAGUCAGUGGAGAGGCAGGCGACCUUGUUCUUGGUUCCAGACACUCAGGCCACCAGCCCUCCUUCGUUCUACGAGCCUCGUUGUGCCCCUCGUCUCCUCGUGAAGAUGGCACCCUCCCUGGCCACAGCCUUCUCCAGGCGCUGGUGGAUGGCUGUGACAGCGGUCAUAGAGAACCUGCUGUUCUCUGCUGUGCUGCUGGGCUGGGGCUCCCUGCUCAUCAUGCUCAAGUCUGAAGGCUUCUACUCCUACCUCUGCAGAGAACCUGGUAACAGCACCAGUCAGAACCAGUCUGAGCCAGUCCAGGUUGGGGAUGCGGAGGGGAUCACCCAGAGCCCCGUGGCGGAGGAGGAGUACCUCCAGAUGAACGGCUGGCCCAUCUGUAAGGACCAGGAUGAGAUGCUGAACUUGGCCUUCACUGUGGGCUCCUUCCUCCUCAGUGCCAUCACCUUGCCCCUGGGUAUUGUCAUGGACAAGUAUGGCCCACGCAAGCUCCGGCUGCUCGGCAGUACCUGCUUUGCUUUCUCCUGUAUCCUGAUCGCUUAUGGAUCGAGCGACCCCAAGAAUCUGUCCAUCCUCAUAUUCUUUGCUCUGGCACUGAACGGGUUCGGAGGAAUGUGCAUGACCUUUACUUCCCUCACGCUUCCCAAUAUGUUUGGUGAUCUUCGUUCCACCUUCAUCGCUCUCAUGAUUGGAUCGUAUGCAUCCUCCGCUGUCACCUUCCCUGGGAUCAAGGUCAUCUAUGACCUAGGAGCCACCUUCAUCACCAUCCUGCUGGUGUGGGCUGCCUGCGCUGGCCUCGUCUUCAUCAACUGCUUCUUCAACUGGCCCCUGGAGCCCUUUCCUGGACCUGAGGAUAUGGACUACACUGUGAAGAUCAAGUUCAGCUGGCUGGGCUUUGACCAUAAGAUCACUGGAAAGCAGUUCUACCGCCAGGUGACCACGGUGGGGAGACGACUCAGCGUGGGGAACAGCAUGAAGCAAAACCCCAAGGAGCUGGCCCAACAGGAGGGCAACAAGCUGUGUCUCUCCACCGUUGACCUGGAGGUCCAAUGCAAGUCUCAGGAGGAAUCCCAGUCCUUCAUGAAGAGUAUCCUGAGUCCUAUUUUCAUGCUCAGCCUGAUCACCAUGUGUGUCACCCAGCUGAGACUUAUCUUCUACAUGGGAGCCAUGAACAACAUCCUCGAGUCGCUGUCCGACAGAGACUUGAACACAGUGAGUGUGUACACCUCCAUUUUCGGAGUGCUGCAGCUGCUCUGUCUGAUGACCGCCCCAGUGAUCGGGUACAUCAUGGACUGGAAACUCAAAGAGUGUGAGGAUGAGAACGCGAAGCCGGGUAAAAGAGAUCUUACCCAGCCCAAGCGUCGUGACAGACAGAUCCAGAAAAUCACCAACGCCACACGGGCCUUCAUCUUCACCAACCUGCUACUGAUGGGCUUCGGGGUCACCUGCCUCGUCCCCAGCCUCCCUCUCCAGAUUCUAUCGUUUAUUCUGCACACCAUUGUGAGAGGAUUCAUCCACUCUGCAGUUGGAGGGCUCUAUGCUGCUGUGUACCCGUCGUCUCAGUUUGGCAGUCUGACAGGCAUGCAGUCCCUCAUCAGCGCCCUGUUUGCCCUGCUGCAGCAGCCCCUCUUCAUGGCCAUGAUGGGCCCCCUGAAGGGAGACCCCCUAUGGGUCAACGUGGGCCUGCUGGGGCUGACGGUGCUGGGCUUCUGCCUGCCUCUCUACCUGCUCUGCUACAGCCGCCAGCUCCAACGCCAGAAGCAAGAGCGCGAGGAGGACCCCAAGAUCUACGUCCAGAUCAACAACGGCAGCACGCCCGAGGCCUUCAUCUAGAGAGACAGACUGACGGACGGAGAUUUGUUUCAACAACGAGAAGGAGGAACGGAGAGUGUGAGGAGGGGAGAGGUCCCAGGUGUGACUGAACUGUAUGAUGAAAUCGCAACCUCACCCACCAACUCUGGUCCCUCUACCGUCUGCACUUGCACUCAGACGAUACACUCUCUCUCUCUCUCUCUCGCACACACACACACACACACACACACACACACACACACACACACAACUCCCUUACAUUCCCCCUCACACACAGACACAGACAUACAUACAAACACAUACAUACAAGUGCUCGACACACACACACACACCACGCCCACUGCCAAACACACUCUGUCAAACCUACAGUAUAUGUUCACCAAUCUCAGAGAACUACUAUGAUAAACGCACACACUUUUACACUCCCCAGAACACCAUUGACUACAUACACUGUGAAAGACACGCAACAACACACACGUUGUGAAACCUCUUCAACACACACACGCGCGGUUCCUUUUCCAGGGACACACCACCAAAUGGACAGUGUUCAUCUUCUCACCACUGAAAUGAGAAAGGACAACCGCGGGUCUGUGAACUGAGGAGAAAGGAGAGAAGAAGAGGGAGGAGGAUCUCCACGACUUUCUCCUCCCUUCCAGUCUCCUCUUUGUUUCAGUGCUCUAUCAUUUUUUUUCAUUUCAUUUUUUUGUCAAUGAUGCCAUGCUCACUCCUGCCUGUCAGUGCAAAAAGAGGACACUGAUUCUUCGGUCACCCUGCGAAAAGAACUAGAGAGGAAGCAAGCGUUCAGCGCCAUGUCAAAGACCUCCAGAUGACGUCCUCCUCCUGGCAAUUACAAUACCCAGGCCACCAGUGUUUUUACAUGUGUUUUCAAUGAUGCCAGUAACGACGACGAGUAUCGCCUCACUUUCUAAUUCUGAUCCAAGUUAGUCUCGCACCGUCUCGUGCUGCACUUGGGGUCUUCUACUUCACGCCCUGAAAACUGGUUUAAUGAUUAGGACGUUAUUGAAACGUUAUCGAAACGUUUAUUGGCGAUAGGCCUGUAUUGUUCUCUGUGGUUGUUACAUGUCAAUGCCUCUCUGUUGUCACAAGUAGUUUGGACUGGAGGUAGGAGUGAAACAGGCGGUAUAGAAGCUCCAGUACUCCAAAUGGUGCUAAGAGUUCAUCCUGCCAUAACGUUCCCAUUUAGUUCUGUAACGUUCCCAUAACGUUCUGCAGUGUUGGGGAUAGUCAUCAUUGUAAAUGAAUUGGUAAGAAUGGAACCUCAUGCAACUUUUAGAAGCUAGUCGAUGUAACCUUCUCAUCUAGCGAGUGUUCCUUCCAGUGUCUCAAAGACCAAACCUUGUGACUCUUUUGUUGUUGAGGAUAACAGAGGCGUGGAGUGAUAAAGCCACAGAGAAGCUGUCGUUUUAAGACUGUUCAAACAGCUCUAGGAGACUAGAAAGCGAAGGCAUGUUUUUUGUAACACUCAGCACUCUAGGUAAAAGCCCGAGGCAAUAGCUUUGCUUUGAGUCAAUUUGAGCUGAGAGCAAGUGAUUCGGCCAAUGGGUUUCCAGUGAGCAGUGUGCAGGCCAGCGUUUUACUUCUAGGGAAUACUAUGUGACUGUGCAAAGUGGCUGUGCUUCAAACAAAAGCAUGGCACAGGUUGAAACAAGCCUCUUACCGGUAAUAAUGUGCCACAACAACAUAAGGUACAGCACAGCUGUAGAAAAAAAGGGUUCCUAAAGGGUUCUUCGGCAGUCCCCAUAAGAGAACCGUUUUUGGUUCCAGGUAGAACCCUUUGACAUCCGAGUAACUGUUUUAGGGUCUAGAUAACAAGUUUUUUCCCCCCUAAGAGUGUAGGCUAGGUUAUCAAGCACCAAUGCAUGGUCCUACAUCACUCUCACUGGGUACACUGACAGGACCACUGACUGGUCUUGUCUUGGCAGUCCGUUUUGUCGUGCAAAAUGAAUUUCUUAUUGACCUGGUGUGUUUUCUUUUUAUUUGUGAUGACCAGAUGUUGUUUUUGUCAGGAGACCUGGUUUUUAAAAAGUAAUAGUUUUAUCAACUGUGUUUUACCUGCAAAAUGAUACUGACAUGCUGUUCAACCUUUUGUUCUGUUUCAAGACAAAUGUGAUUUAGUACAAAUGGUUUUACGAUAAAUGGUUUAAGAUAGGAGAUGUGUAGCUUAAGGUGAACUGUGGUUGCUAUGGGCCUAUUUCUGCCACUGUUCUACAGUACCUGAAUUACAUUCUGAUUCGCUGUAGCAAUAAGUACUUAUGUGAGUUGCUGAGCAAUCCUCUACUCAUCCCGGCAACACAUAACUCUGUGAACACCACUGUUGUCCAACCACACACAUACACACACACAAUGCAAGAAUGUGGAUUGAUAUAAUGUAAUGUUUAUUACAAAGGUGCUUCUCAAUGACAGGAACAUGGACUCAUUUUUCUUGAUGUACUGGUCAGGUAGUGGCCAUUCUGCAUCUAUCAAUGGUCUCACUUACAAAGCCUCACUUUGUAGCGACAAAUUACUUGAAUUAUCGAAUUCCAACUUCAACUUUGAUUCACUUUUCAAAUCAAAAAAAGGGAGACGGAGAGAUGCUUGAAUAUGAUAUCUGAUUCUAAAUCCACACUCUUGCAGCUGUUGUGAAUGUUGUGAUCUUGGGACCCAGGUGGGCGGGCAGGCAGGUCAUGAUAGGAGAUUAUGUUCUUGAAUGAUCUGUUGCGGGUAACAGACACCGGAGAGAGAGCGUGGCAACUUGAUUGAUGUAGCUCUACGUCCGCAGACGCAGCGUUUAGACUGGACGGGACACCUGCUUUUCCUCAGUCACUCACAGAAGCACUUCCAAAGACAGCCAUGUAACCAGCAGAUUGCCUCUAUGUUCAGAUGAUUUGAGAUGCGGAUACGAUACGGCAAGUCGGUGCACCGCCCUCUCUCAUCAUGACCCGUCACAUUGAUCCAUCCAUGUCCAAACCCCUAUCCUGAACUGUUGCACUGACACACCUGGUUCUCCACUGCAGUCUCACCCAAACACAAACCACCCACCCAAGAGAUCCUUCACAUACUGGCGAUGGAACUGAGAGACAAUGCUAGAAUCCCCAAAAGCUUCAGGAAUGAAAUACGUGAGAACUGAAUGGCACAUGUGCACCGUAGUCCUCGUAUCAGGAUUUCAAUGCUAUUUUUUCUGAAUGGCAUGCACUGAAAUAUAACAAUAAUAGAUAUAAUAGACAGUGCACCGCUUGCUGGUUCUGCAUGUUAGCAUAGAAUGUAUUCCCAGUAGUUUUUAAAAAAUUAAUAGAGUAAUGACAUCGGAACUGCAAGAAACUGUUAUUUUUGUUACUUACCGCAGGUGGUCUUAGUCUGUCCUCUUGUAUGCACCAUCCAGUAGGUCCCUGUCCCUCAAUAUAGAAUGGCUCCUUGCUACUGACUGCUGUUUGGGCCUGUCUGUUUGGGUUACUCGAUUUCAAGGAUCUACACACACACACACACUGAUAGAGAAACAGGUCUAGACAUCCUCACUUUGAACAUCACUCUACUUGUCGUUUACAUGAAUGUAUUUAGCGAAAAGAGAAAAAGCAUGUAUAGCCCUAUAGACUGGUUCUCGUGGCUUGAACAUGUGACUAGAGAUUGCAGGUGGAUUCUGAUAAUGAUGCUAUACUGUACUCCAGCACAGUGAACGUGGGGUUGGAAUGAUCUGCAUUCCCUCAGUAUGGGAGAAUCAGCACUAUUUACACUGCCAUACCUUAAAACGGUCAUUCUACUCAAAAUGCCAUCACCGUAGUUAUUUUCUAGAUGUGACAUACUUUUACUACUAUGCCCUUCCCUGGGAUGUAAAGUGUGAUUGGCUAUUCUCUGACGAUGAAAGACGAGCAGUGGUUUUUGGAUAGAGUGUUUUAAUGGUUUGUGUGUCACUUUUAGACAUUGAACGGGAGCUUCAGCUGAAACACCAAUGCUUUUCCCUGACUUGUACCUUGUUUUUUUUUCUCAAAUGUUUAUUUUGUUGUUUUACAUUCUCUUUUUUGGUGUUUGUUUCAAUAUUUCAUGUCUAUAUACUGUAUAUUGGAUCUCAGUUUUUGUUUUAUAUCACAUUAUAGCCAUUGUUAUUGACAUUUUGAGUCAUUUUCUAAAUGAGAAGAAAAACUAAUCUAUAUAUGAAAAACAUAAACAAUUUAAUUUGUAAAA